UCCUCUCCAAAGCCAUUUCCUUCACCCUUUCUCCUAAACAUGCAGCUUUUUCGAUCACCAUCCAAAAACCAAUCGUCUCGGCUGAUAAACCUCGUUAUUGUCUUGUCUGCUAUAUGUAUAUUUUAUCUACUUGUGUCACUAUUCAUCACCUCUUCAAAGAUCGUGCAUACAUUUUCUUCAUCUGGAGGUGUUUAUGCACCAACCUCUCUUGAGCAUAUUGUGUUUGGAAUUGCUUCUAGCAAGAACUCUUGGCCUAGGAGGAAAGAGCAUGUUCGGCUUUGGUGGAAACCCCGUCAAAUGAGAGGCUGCGUGUUCCUCGAAAGCCUUCCGUCCGAUGAACAAGCCGAAGACGACGGUUUGCUUCCUCCGGUGUGCAUCUCUGAGGACACUUCAAGAUUUCGUUACACUUACAGGAAUGGUCCAAGGUCAGCAAUUCGUGUGGCACGUGUUGUUUCUGAGCUUGUGGCGCUCAACCAUCCCGGUGUGCAUUGGUAUGUCUUCGGCGACGAUGACACGGUUUUCUUUCCGGAGAAUUUGGUGAAGACACUUUCGAAGUAUGAUCAUGGGCUUUGGUACUACAUUGGGGCUCAGUCGGAGAUUUUAGAGCACAACAGGGUUUUUGGCUUUGGAAUGGCUUUUGGGGGGGCAGGUUUUGCUAUAAGUUACCCUCUAGCAAAAGUUUUGGCAAAGGUUUUUGACUCUUGUAUAGAACGGUAUCCACAUCUCUAUGGAAGUGAUUCAAGGGUCUACUCUUGCUUGGCAGAGCUUGGAGUAGGUUUGACACAUGAGCCCGGCUUCCAUCAGGUGGAUAUUCGGGGUGAUGUGUUUGGUCUGUUAGCGGCACAUCCGAUGACACCCUUGGUAUCCCUGCAUCACUUGGAUCACAUAAGCCCAAUCUUCCCAAACAUGACAACUAUUGAAGCUAUAGAACAUCUAUUUGAAGCUGCAAAUGUUGAUUCCCAGAGGAUCUUACAGCAAACAAUCUGCUAUGAUAGAUGGUUUGCAUGGACCAUUUCCGUGUCAUGGGGUUAUGCUGUUCAAAUAUUCCCAAACCAUUUAUAUUUUCCAGAUGCUCUCCAUGUGCAAGAGACAUUCAGGCAGUGGAAAAAGGGAAAUGCUUUGGCAGGAGUCUAUACGUUAAACACAAGAGAACUCCAUCCUGACCCUUGUAGAAGACCUACCAUUUUCUUUCUAGAUAGUUUAUAUUCCAAUUGGGAUGGAAUCAAGAGCAAUUACAAGAAGUCUUUUGUAAAUUGCUCACAGGACAUGGCUUCACCAAGGAAACUGCAAGAGAUCAGAGUAUUCUCACAUAAGUUAGACCUUGAUAUUAAGCAGUUGCAGGCUCCAAGAAGGCAUUGUUGUGAUGUUUUGCCUCCUUCUGCUGGUCAAGUGAUGGAAAUUGCAAUUAGAGAAUGCAAAGAAGAGGAAUUAAUUCACAUACAUGCGUAACAGUGUCUGGCUUUUAUCAUUCAACAUAGACAGUAGUAGGGGCACCAUUGACCCUAAAUUAUCAUGUUAGAAAUCAGGAAGGUCCCUGGCCGGCCUCAGCCAUAUUGAUCAUUGUAUAGAGAGCUUGGUAGUUUCACAUUCGGUUCAGAGCACUUUUGUCAUUGAGAAUUCCUUCAUUGUUGUUGCCUUACUGGGAUUUAAGAUUAUCAGAAGAUCCCAGCAGAGCAAAAGCCAAAUUCUGAUUAUAAUGAGAUAUCCAAGAUGAAAUUUGAGGAAUU